CGUUGUCGCUAAGGCGCAGGCGCAGGCGUCCGGCGGGAAGAUGGCGGCUGGGUUCAAAACUGUGGAACCUUUGGAGUAUUACAGGAGAUUUUUGAAAGAGAAUUGCCGUCCUGAUGGAAGAGAACUUGGUGAAUUCAGAACAACAACUAUCAACAUAGGUUCAAUUAGUACUGCAGAUGGUUCUGCUUUAGUGAAGCUUGGAAACACAACAGUAAUUUGUGGAAUUAAAGCGGAAUUUGCAACGCCACCAGCGGACACCCCUGAUAAGGGUUAUGUUGUUCCUAAUGUGGAUCUACCACCUCUGUGUUCAUCGAGAUUUCGGUCAGGACCGCCUGGGGAAGAGGCCCAAGUGGCUAGCCAGUUCAUUGCAGAUGUUAUUGAAAAUUCACAGAUAAUUCAGAAAGAGGACUUAUGCAUUUCUCCAGGAAAGCUUGCUUGGGUUCUGUACUGUGAUCUCAUUUGCCUUGACUAUGAUGGAAACAUUUUGGAUGCCUGUACAUUUGCUUUGUUAGCAGCUUUAAAAAAUGUACAAUUACCUGAAGUUAGUAUAAAUGAAGAAACUGCUCUAGCAGAAGUUAAUUUAAAGAAGAAAAGUUAUUUGAAUAUUAGAACUCAUCCGGUUGCAACUUCCUUUGCUGUGUUUGAUGAUACCCUGCUCAUAGUUGACCCUACUGGAGAAGAGGAACAUCUGGCAACUGGAACCUUAACAGUAGUAAUGGAUGAGGAAGGCAGGUUAUGUUGUCUUCACAAACCAGGUGGAAGUGGGCUGACUGGAGCUAAACUUCAGGACUGUAUGAGCCGAGCAGUUACAAGACAUAAAGAAGUAAAAAAACUGAUGGAUGAAGUAAUUAAGAGUAUGAAACCCAAAUAAACACACCACAUUUUGAAACAGAUUUGUAAAAAUUGUAUUUGUUGAACUGUGCACAAACCUUUUAUACUAAAUAAAUAUUAAGCUACAUUCUUCUGAAA